GCCUCCCUGUUGGAGCCAGCUCCAGGGUUCCUCUGGCCAGGAGAGGCUUGCCCCGGGCCCCCCAGAUGCCCAGCUUCCUCGUGGCAGGCUGUGGGGGGACACGGAAAGCUGGCCCCGGGCGUCAGCCCUGACAAGCCCAAGAACAGAGCAGAGAGGCCGCGAGGGGCUGGGGGUGGAGGGCCCACGGGCAGGGACGGGCAGCAGGAGUGUCUAGCGAGGCCUGGGCCAGCGUGGCUCCAGCCUGCCUCUCUGCCUGAGGACAGCUUGUCCACCGUCCAGGGUGGAGGCACCACGCACAUCUCAGCUUGCCGAAGGGGCCUUGGCAGUUCUGACUCCUCGGCCGCCCCACCUGAAGAGCCCCCUCCCACCCUCGGCCCAUGGAAGGGGCAGAAGCAGGGAACAGAUUCGGUUGGAGGGGGGACCCUCGGACGUGGCGGAAGCCCGGGGCCUCUGUCCCCUCCUCUGAACAUGAGAACAAUGACGGCGAUAGCUACCUCGUGGGAGUGCCGGCAGGCGGCGGGGAGAUAGAUGCCCUGGAACCCCAAACUGUGGGUCCACCCUCCAGAGGGCGGGGAGCCCGUGCCCACACCCCCCAUUACAGACUCGAUCCUGCGGUCCCUGGCCUGAGCUCCGAGUCUGCACCCCCGAGAGCACGCUUCCCACGGAUGAGAAAGGAGGGCUUGGGCACUGAGCACAGACCGGGCGGGGCGGCCAAGCAUGGGCCAAGGCGAGCUGUGCCUCUCCUUCCCUGCCCCGGGAGUGGCUUGCAGGCCACCCCAUCAGUGACCCUCGUGUCCUGGGCACCCCCUGCUCGUGAGCCAGGCCUGACAGACAGGGCCUCGGCCACAUCAGUGCCAUCCCCAGCUGGGUCUGUGGAUUCCCCUAACUACCCUCAUGGGACUGAGGGCUCUCCCUGGCGGGGACCCUUGUCGGCUCACGGAUCCCGGCUCGGGCUCCUGCAGCCGGCCUUGGGCCUGGGGAAGGGAGGUCCGAAAAGGCCCAUGGGUUAAUGGGAUUAAUGCCCUCCCACCCCUUCCUGCUCCGGGUCCUUGUAGAAAGGAGAGGAAAAUAGCCCAGGCCCCUCUCAUCUCUUGAUAAGAUAAGGGACCCAUCCAUCUUGCUCCCUUCCCCCACUGAGCCCCCUACCUCCACCCAACCCCACUGAGCCCCCAGUCCAGACCCUGCACUUGCUCUCGACACCCACCCGCCAGCAAGCCUUGCGUAAGUGCGAGACGAGGCGCCCAUUCAUCUCUUUCCUCCUCCUCCAGCUGGAGGCCUCCAGCCCUGACCCCUGCCCCGGGUCCCCUGGCCUGGUCCAGGGACAGCUUCUCCCAUGACGUGAUCAAGUCGUCCGGUCCAGGCCUCCAGGCGAGAUAAAAGGAUUGCGCUGACCGGGGGCAGAGGGAGCAUCAGAAUGGCAUUCAGGGCAAAGGCACGGGGGUGGCUGGCAGGGCGCCGGCUGUCCCUGAGCUGGGCACGCGCACUGGGCACCAGAGCCGCUCCAGCCCCCAAGGCCGUUCUGCCCUUCGAAGCCAUACCCCGGUGUCCCGGCAACAAGUGGAUGAGGGUGCUGCAGAUCUGGAGGGCGCAGGGCUCUGAGAACCUUCACCUGGAGAUGCACCGGACCUUCCAGGAGCUGGGGCCCAUUUUCAGGUACGACGUGGGAGGGACACACAUGGUGCACGUGAUGCUGCCCGAGGACGUGGAGAGGCUGCAGCGAGUGGAGAGGCCCCAGCCCUGGCGGCCACCCCUGGAUCCCUGGCUGGCCUACCGACAGCAUCGCGGGCAUAAAUGUGGCGUGUUCUUGCUAAAUGGGCCUGAAUGGCGCAUGAACCGACUGAAGCUCAACCCAGACGUGCUGUCACCACAGGCCGUGCAGAAAUACAUCCCCAUGGUGGACGGGGUGGCGAGGGAUUUCUCAAAGGCCCUGAAGUCGAGAGUGUUGCAGAAUGCCCGGGGGAGUCUGACCCUGGACAUCCAGCCAAGCAUCUUCUCCUACACCAUAGAAGCCAGCAAUCUAGCCCUUUUUGGAGAGCGGCUGGGCCUCCUUGGCCAUACCCCAAGUGCUGCCAGCCUGAACUUUAUCAGGGCUCUGGAGGCCAUGUUGAAGUCCACCGCACAGCUCAUGUUCAUGCCCAGGGGCCUGUCACGCUGGACAAGCACCAAGGUGUGGAAGGAGCACUUUGAGUCCUGGGACUACAUCUUCCAGUAUGCCAACAAUGCCAUCCAGAAAAUCUACCAGGAGCUAGCCCUGGGCCGCCCGCAGCACUACAGCGGCAUCGUCGGGGAGCUGCUCAUGCGCUCGGACAUGACCCUGGAGGCCGUCAGGGCCAACUCCAUCGAACUCACCGCCGGGAGCGUGGACACGACGGCCUACCCCUUGCUGAUGACUCUCUUUGAGCUGGCUCGGAACCCUGACGUGCAGCAGGCCCUACGCCAGGAGAGCCUGGUGGCCGAGGCCAGGAUCGCUGAGCAUCCACAGAGGGCAACCACAGAGCUGCCCCUGCUGCGGGCGGCCCUCAAGGAGACCUUGAGGCUGUACCCCGUGGGUAUCUCAGUGGACCGACAGGUGGGCUCGGACGUGGUCCUGCAGAACUACCACAUCCCGGCAGGGACCUUGGUCAAGGUGCACCUCUAUUCCCUGGGUCGAGACCCCUCUGUGUUCCCGAGGCCCGAGCGCUAUCAUCCCCAGCGCUGGCUGGACAACAGGAGCUCUGGCACCAGGUCCCCCAACCUGGCCUUCGGCUUUGGCCUGCGCCAGUGCCUGGGGCGGCGCCUGGCAGAGACAGAGAUGCUCCUUCUGCUGCACCACGUGCUGAACAACUUCCUGGUGGAGACCCUAACGCAGGAGGAUGUAAAGAUGAUCUACCAGUUCAUACUGAUACCCUCCACCCUCCCCCUCCUCACCUUCCGGGCCAUCAACUAGUCACGUCAGCACGCUGUCGGGCCAGCCACACCGCCAGCCCCCCUCUGCCUGACCCCAGGCCACCCCUGUUUUCUCCCAAGGGCCCUGCUUCUUGAGCCACAGCACUGUGCAGCCAGCACCUUGCACAAAGGGUCAGGGGCAUGACACUUGGUUGUAGGUCCUGGCUGUGUGCCCAGUCCCGCCAGCAUCUUCUCCAGCAAGGAGCACCAUCGGAGAUCCUUUGAGCCCCUGUCACCCCAACACAAGCUCCAGGGUCUUCGGACCCGCCCCCAUCCCCCUCCUCCCGUCCAAUCUCUUACACCCUCUGUACUCAACUCUGCCCCCAUGAAGAGCUGACACCUUGGGGUCCCUGUCCUGCUUGUUGCCAUUUCAAACGCCAACUCUUUGUCUGCAAUGCCCUUGCCCAGCCUAGAGCUUCAAGCUGUGCUGUUAGUCGCGCCAUCUGCCUGUUCUGCUCAGUCCACUUGCGCUCCUCCUGGCGCCCAGGAGGUUGUGGCUGAAGCACCCAGCCAAGGGCCCGGAUAAGCAGGUCAGGAGUACUGUUUCCUAGAAUAGCCCGCGAGGAGGACGUGCACAUCUGGGCCAAUGAUACUCCCCUGAAAAAGGCAGGAUGGUCAGCUCCUCUGGCUGGCCACAGGGUGACCGCAGAGAAGCCUCUAGAAGAAGGCUUGGGCCCAUCUCAGCCAGGCAGAGCCACACGCGCCCUUUAACGAAGCCCUCUGUGUGCAGUGCCUUGCUGUCCUCUUGCAGUGGCCCUCAGGAGAGGGGCCAGCCCUGACCUCGUCAGGGGAAGAGGUUUGAACAGCUGAGAGCCAGCUGGGGUCAUCUCGCUGGUAGAGGCCAGCAGCCUGUCCCAUGCUGCCUGGGGCCAGGUGACAUCCCGGAGUAGGAAGGGUCCGGGGGGCAAGGCUGGGGGUGGGGACGCUCCGCUCACCCUCCCUCCCCACCCCACCCCCACCUCACCCGGGGAGAACCAGGCACUCAGCUCACAGCAGGGCAGUGAGGGAGGAGGGGCCGCACCCUGGCUGAGCCAGUCCUGUCCGCCCAAGGUGCCCCUCGGGCAUCUGUUCCUGCGCAGAUUCCCUGGAGGAGGGAAAGAAUUUGCACCCUCCUGGCUCCAUCGGUGCAGCUCAAGGGGUCGUGGAGCCACGGAGAAGAGAGAGCUCCCAGACCCUGCAGGCACACGGGCGCGAGCUCGGCCCGGGAUUCGACCGCGCCCAGCCCUUCAUCCCUCUGAGCCUCGAGUUCUUCCCGUGGGCAUUCCGUGUGAGAAUUCCCCCCUCACAGGCCGCGGGGAGGACUCUGCAAGGUUCGCAUUUGGCAGGUGCCCAGCUCUCUGCUUCAGCAGGUGUUUGCUGAAUGGGGAUUGCUUGCCCGCCGCUCCAAAGUCGCUUCCUUCGUGGAGGCCCUGCUCUGUGCUGAUGCGUGAUGGCGGGCAGGCCUGCGAUGGAAAGUGCUCCCCUGGAGGGAGCCUGUGUGUGUCCCACUGUGCUGUGGGGCACACGUGUUCACCUCGUCUUCUCAGCAGCCUGGCAGGGGAGCGUGAGCUCAUCCGUGUGGCCCAGGCUGGGAAACCGAGGCUCGGAGAAUCCGUCCAACUGCACAGCCUCACAGCUCAUCCAUGGCAGAGGCAGCACGCGAACCCCGCCUCUCGGGCCCUCCCCGCACCCCUUUCCCCCAUCGAAGGACCUUGGAUUGGGAGUGACCGUGCACAUCAUGGAAACAACCUCCCCGGAAAGCGGCUCGGGGUCAAGGGCGUCUCUCGGUCUCUCGGUUCGCAGCGCUCCUGCGGUCUCACUGGAGGAAGGCUGCCCAGGAGUCCCUCU